CCCGCCACACACAGGAGAAGAAGAAGAAGAUCGAAACAAAACCAGGACACACAAAAGAAGAAGAGAUUGCCAUCAUCUUUCGAGGGAUUCAUUCUAAUUCUCUCGAAGCUAACAAGAGGAAAGAAAUAGUGUCGAAGAGAGGAAGUAAUUAACGAUGGCCGCCGGCAAGGUAGGGAAGGCCAUUGGGAUCGACCUCGGCACUACCUAUAGUUGUGUAGGGGUGUGGCUGAACGACCGGGUGGAGAUCAUCGCCAACGACCAGGGGAACCGGACCACCCCAUCGUAUGUGGCCUUCACCGAAACGGAGCGGCUCGUCGGCGACGCGGCCAAGAACCAGGUGGCUAUGAACCCCCACAACACCGUCUUUGACGCCAAGCGCCUCAUCGGCCGCCGGUUCUCCGACCCCUCCGUGCAGUCGGACAUGAAGCUCUGGCCCUUCCGAGUCGUCCCCGGCCCCGGCGACAAGCCCCUCAUCGUCGUCACCUACAAGGGCGAGGAGAAGCGCUUCGCCCCCGAGGAGAUCUCCUCCAUGGUUCUCGCCAAGAUGCGCGAGGUCGCUGAGGCCUUCGUCGGCCACUCCAUCAAGGAUGCCGUCAUCACCGUCCCGGCCUACUUCAACGACUCCCAGCGCCAGGCCACCAAGGACGCCGGCGCCAUCGCCGGCCUCAACGUCAUCCGCAUGAUCAACGAGCCCACCGCCGCCGCCAUCGCCUACGGCCUCGACAAAAAGGCCGGCCGUACCGGCGAGCGCAACGUCCUCAUCUUCGACCUGGGCGGCGGCACCUUCGACGUCUCCCUCCUCACCAUCGAGGAGGGCAUCUUCGAGGUCAAGGCCACCGCCGGCGACACCCACCUCGGCGGCGAGGACUUUGACAACCGCCUUGUCAACCACUUCGUCGCCGAGUUCAAGCGCAAGCACAAGAAGGACAUCACCGGCAACGCCCGCGCCCUCCGCCGUCUCCGCACAGCCUGCGAGCGUGCGAAGCGCACCCUCUCCUCCACCACCCAGACCACCGUCGAGAUCGACUCCCUGUACGAAGGGAUCGACUUCUACGCCACCGUCACCCGGGCUCGAUUCGAGGAAUUGAACAUGGACCUGUUCCGGCGAUGCAUGGAGCCGGUGGAGAAGGUCCUCCGGGACGCCAAGAUCGACAAAGGCCAGGUCCACGAAGUGGUUCUAGUUGGGGGAUCCACGAGAAUCCCCAAAGUCCAGCAGCUCUUGCAGGACUUCUUCAAUGGGAAGGAUCUCUGCAAGAGCAUCAAUCCCGACGAGGCCGUGGCCUACGGGGCCGCGGUCCAGGCCGCUAUUCUGAGCGGGGAGGCCAACGAGAAGGUGCAGGACCUGCUCCUUCUGGACGUCACGCCACUCAGUCUCGGUCUCGAGACCGCCGGCGGGGUGAUGACCGUCCUCAUCCCGAGGAACACCACCAUCCCCACCAAGAAGGAGCAGAUCUUCACCACCUACUCCGACAACCAGCCCGGCGUCCUCAUCCAGGUCUACGAGGGCGAGCGGGCGAGGACCAAAGACAACAACUUGCUCGGCAAAUUCGAGCUCACCGGGAUUCCUCCGGCGCCGAGGGGUGUGCCGCAGAUCAAUGUCUGCUUCGACAUCGAUGCCAAUGGCAUCCUGAACGUAUCGGCCGAGGAUAAGACUGCGGGGGUGAAGAACAAGAUCACGAUCACCAACGACAAAGGGAGGCUGAGCAAGGAGGAGAUCGAGAAGAUGGUGAAGGACGCGGAGAGGUAUAAAGCAGAGGAUGAGGAGGUCAAGAAGAAGGUGGAGGCGAAGAAUGCUUUGGAGAACUACGCCUACAAUAUGAGGAAUACGGUGAGGGAUGACAAGAUAAAGGAUAAGUUGUCCGAGGGAGAUAGGGAGAAGAUAGAGAAGGCAGUGGAGGAAACCAUUGCAUGGUUGGAGGGGAAUCAGCUCGCCGAGGUGGACGAGUUGGAGCACAAGCUCAAGGAAUUGGAGGAGCUCUGCAACCCAAUCAUAGCCAGGAUGUACCAGGAGGGUGGUGGAGCCGCGGCUGGGGGAUAUGGAAGCACUACUGGUGGCUCCAGCGGAACAGGGGCUGGGCCUAAGAUAGAAGAGGUGGACUGAAUCCAGCUGUUUUGAGCCUUAACAUGUUACUCGUUCUAGUUAGGCUUUGCUUAGCUCUGGCUUUGUUCGUUUCUGUUUUCUUUUUCAUCGUUGAGAGAGUGAAGGCAUAUUUGUGCUAUUAUUACCUCUUUUUGAUGUAAUGAUAAUGCUUGUUACGUCGGACGGAGAUGAAUGCUUGUACUUGGAAGCAUGCAUGAUAAAAGAAUAGCCCUAUUUAUUUAGAUGGUAA